CUGCUAUUACGGCGUUGCCAGUGACGUCCACCAUGCUUGCUGCCAUCGCCUAUUAAAUUCGACGGGCAGGGUCCGAGCCCUUAUUUCCCUUCAUUCUUUCCUUGAAAACGAUAGAGCAAUUGAAUUGCUCUGUCCUACUGUCUCUACUUUUUCUGUUUCUUUCGCUUUUCUUUACGACAAUCACUCCUGUAUCUGUUUGGUUCGAGACCUUGAUGGAAAAUGUGUCGUGGAGUCGUCCUCCUGUCUCACAGAACCAGGACUCACCCCCCAAGACAACUCACUCGAGACUCAGACUACGGAGACAGCAAGCCAAGCAACAAGCAAUGGACACAGAGUACAUUGCUUUCUCCCCCUAUCUUAUGACUAUAUAUUGACCUCGGCGGUGUAGCACUACAUACAUGCCCCUGGACGUAACAAUUGUUGCUACUCCCAUCGCAGUGGCUAAAGGAGCUCAUCUUUCGUCUUUCACGGAGACUGCCUUGGCCACAAGGAUGCCGUAUCGCAUGAUGAAGCAACGUCCACAGCUUUCAAGUCCGCCUUGGCAGCAAUGCAACAUGCUCGGGCGGCAGGAGACGACGUCGACAAAUGAAUCCACAUGGACCAGCAUUACCAUAUUGCCGACGUCGACAACGGCUGAUGCCUCGAGCAGUGUGACGUCGAUGACGACGACUUCAUCGUGGACGACGUCGUCAACGGCUACGGCGAGUAAUUCGAACAGCACUUCAUCCGAGUCGUUCCUGUCAACGUCCAAUGCUUCGUUGUCGUCAACGAUGCUUUCCACAACGUCCGAGCCGGCUUCUUCAACGUCCUCUUAUGCAACUUCUACCGAGUCCGAGUCCCCAUUCUCCACCUCCUCUUCGUCUGCUGUCAGUGCGCCUUCGCCAACGUCAAGCUCGUUUAUCUUUCCUUCGUCGCCGACUUCGUAUUCAUGGGCAUCACCGUCGACCUACUGGCCGAUGCCGGCGACAUCAUGGUAUACGGUUGUCAGCACGUCCUGGGUUGCCGAACCAGAGACUGUUACACGAGUUUCCGGUUCUUCCACUAGUGCUCGGUCGUCGCAGUUCUUUGCCUCGACUACUACCAUCACUUCUACGGGUUUACUCAGUACCAACACCCCGGAUGAAGGAAAUAGCCUCUCGCGCAAUACGGGAGCUAUUAUUGGUAUUGCUGUCGCUGUAGCAGUCGUCGUGAUGCUCAUAGCCAUCGGAGCAUUCUUCGCGUGCCGGAAAUACCGACGGUCAGCUUCAGAGCCGUGGACCAAGCAACCACAGUUCAUGCCGUCAUGGCGUCCCCCGCUUGAGGGUGACGACGGUAGCAGCAUUGGUGCCACUGUUACGGCAACGAGCACGGUUGGACAUCGGAUGUCUUCUGGCCAAAUCCCCUACAUUGAUCCGCGAGAGAUGGGACCGCCCUCGUCGGAAGGGAUGGCAACCUCGUCCCAUGGCCACUCGUCCCAUGAGUCUUCGAGCUAUGCUCUCCUCUCGCGAUCGAGGUCGUCUUCAGUAGGAAAGCACAUGCGGGCAGAAGAAGCACCAUCUGAGGAGGAAGAAUCUCUCGGUCGAUUGCAUGCAAGGAGGCCUCUCCAAGUAUCAGAUCUCGUCAUCCCCCCAGUUCCAAGGAUACCUUCUGCAAUACAGUUACUCCCGACUUCCCCAAUUUCUUCAGCGUCCUCGGCUUAUCCCAGUUCUUUACUCAAUCCGCCGCCACCGCUUCCCUUUGCACCCCCUGCUUCUGCCUACGCUGUUCAAAGUUCGUCGUCGUGGCCUCCCCCACCGAUGCAGGUUCCUUCGUUUGAGACGCGCGCCCGUGAAGGUCUGCUUCACCCAUCAGUCGGCCUUGAACAAUCGGAGAGUGUCACAAGUUUCAGGGACCAUAUGGAUUAUUCAAGGCCUAUUCUGCCGAGGAGGAUAGAUAGAGGUGAAGAGGAUUCAAUAUGAAUGAUAUUUUUCUUGUUUUCUUGCCGUUCGCUUUUUAUCACUACUUAACCAUAUACCCCCCCUCAUCCACACUCACACUUACACACACACGUCGCAAUUGCAUUUUAGUACAUAGCAAUAACAUAUAAUCCGUAAUCCGUUCCCUGGGAUUGUGUAUUUCUAAGUAUAAGAAUAUCACACUUUCACGUCGAAGAUGCACAAGUUCUUUUUUCUUAUGACAAUUGGUGACUGUAAAUGCAAUGGAG